AUGGCCUCAGACUCGAGUGGCUCCCUCACUCCAGUCCAACUCCACGCCCUCUUCGACAUCCUCAACCACCAUGAGACCUAUCGAGAAGUUGAGAGCUUCAAGCAUAUCCAUGCCAUCAGGGAAUACGGCUACCCUUUCACUGAGGCUGAAUCACUCCAGAGACCCUCCUCUAGCCCAACAUAUCGUCCAAAAUCCUCAUCUCCGUUGCUACAGCUUCUUCUCACACGAUGCAUUCUCACGAUACCGGGGAUGAGCGACCUGCCGGCCGACUUCUGGUCCUACAACUUCCAGGGCAUCAUGGUCAGCCUCGCCGAAGCCAAUCUUUCCGAAUCAUACGACAAGGGCACGCUGGGGACUAGGAAAACCCUGGCGACCGGUGCGUCGGUCAUUCACGAGGCUUUGACGAGGGGCCUGCUGGGCGGUGUUCCGAAAAGUGCCGACAAGACCAGCCUGAAGGAAAGGACAUAUGACGUGAAACAGGCAUCCGAGUUGGAGAGGGCUUGGAACGACUGCAUCUGUGAGCUGAUCCACGGCGACCUGGCCGACGAGCUAUUCGACCACUGUGCAGAGACGGCGGAUCUCGAGGCACACUCUCCAGCUGUGGCGGCAGCUGUUGACUACGCGAUACUGCACCUCGCCUCCCUGAUGCAUCACGUUUUUGUGCUGUCCUCGGAAGGGCAGUAUCUGCUGAAAUUGAUUGAGAACGUCUUCAAGCUUGUUCCCUUCUCGAGCAUGAAGACAGCACUGAGGGUGGGGAAUGCGGCGACAAUGAUUAACGGCAUGGUGCGGCUCUUCCUGGCCAAGAUGAGCGUCGGGGCAAUGACGAACUGGAUGGGCCUGACGAGUGGAGCUGACGACGGAAUGAAUCUAAUGCAGAGGAUCAUAUCCGCAGUACUAUCCUGGGAUGCGAGCGACUUCCGUAAACAGGCUGGCCAGGUCGAGUCGGCCAAGGAGCGCCCGACCAAGGAGCAAUUCACUGCGCUCAAGGAGCACCUCAACAUGCCCGCAGAAGCCCAUCGAGCCAUGCGUGAGAUCAGCAUGGCCCUGCAGAAGUCCAUUGUGGCCGUGAUCUUCGAGGCUACGGACCCAGAAAUUGCGGCCUCCCUCACCCAGUCACAACACACACAAUGCCUGGAUUGGCUCUCGGCAACGCUGUCAGCUCGUGACCGAGACGAAAUGACCAAGGUCCUGUGCAGAUCCAACCCCGACUGUUUUACAGCCGCAGUGCGUGGCGCCGUGAGCACGUAUGAGCCCUUCAUCAGGUCUAUCCAUGAGACACUGGACCUGAGGGAGCACGUCACCUCCGUGGAGACAUUUGUGCCGGAUUUCAUCGAGACGAGCAAACCCAAAAAGGCGGAAGAAAACCGGCCGCCAUCGGUGGAGGACUACGUCGCUUUGCUCAGGCGCAACAAGCACUUGUUCUACAACUACUGCCAUGACUUCGCCAAGAACUGCACCGACCUGCGUGAGCGGUUCCAGACCUGGGCACAUAUCGUCGUCGGUAAAUUUAACCAGCAGCCUAAUCCGACUCGACCGGACGGGGCCGGGGCGAUGAAUGACGAGCUGCAGGAUCUCUACACCCAGCUCCCGACAGAAGCUCAAGAGAAGGUUCUGGCAGCCCUGAACGUACACGCCUCGUACCUGUCGAAGCUCGACACGCUCUCCAGCUUGCGCAUGCAGCGCCCCUCCUCUAGAGCCGCCUCUCCACGUCGUACCGACCUGGGCGAACCUAGCAUGACCGGUCCGGGUGUGUACCUCAUGCGCUGGGAAUCGCUCCUCGAUGAGACCCUCAUCACGCCAGCGGUGCCGAGCGGGCCUGUUCGGCACGGGAAAGACGUCAAAGGCCAAAAGGCCUGGGGAAAGACGGUGGCAGAGGACCUCAAGGGCGGCUGGGACGCGGGCGCGAUCGCCAGCGAGGAGGACCGCGUGGUGCCGCUUGCGCCAGACUCGAAACUUGUGGUGGACGUGCUGGGUCAGCAGUUCAGAGACCUUGUCAAUGACAAGAUUGAAGACGUGGUGCCUGCCGCUCGUGAGAAUACGGCAACUGUUUUAAGGUCUGUGCAGGAGUCGGCGCUCGAGGUGGAGGGAAUUAUGUAG